CUCUCACUGCUCUCUGUCCCUGAUUCAAAUGAUGUGCAGCUUUGAGGAACGUUCUGUGUGGAAAGUUGCUUUCUAAUCUGACUCUUUGGCAUUUUCUCCAGGUCGUAGGAUGAGUUUACGCAAACUGACCUUCAAGUGGUUUGGGAGCCUCACCAAUCUCUCCUUUCGACGUUCUUCUGACAAAUCUGGAGAAAAGGCUUCGGCAAGACAUGAGCCUGGGGGCAGCGUUAACAAUGUACCUGUAUCCACGGCGACGCUGCCUCCACUUAUGGAGUCUUCUGUGGAUGACCUGGAGGGCCUUCGUCCUCGGACCUCCAGCUAUGUUCGCUCCAGUGACAGUUACACUCAUGUGGGGACACUGCCACGGCUGCUGCUGAAGAACAGAACCAAGAAAGAUGAAACAAAUAGAAAACAGAAAAGUAAAGGCAGGCAUGUCAACAGAAGUCAGAGCCAGCGCCUGGAACACGACAGUGGCUCAAAGAAACUCAUCUCACUGAGGUCGACUCCAAAUUUACAGUCAGUUAGAAGUCCAACAUCUGCAUCGGCCAUUGAGAGCGUGCCGCCAUCUGGUGGCUGUAAGUUUGAACAGCAAGAAGUGAGACAGGCUGAGGACGGUAUUCAACAGGCGGUUGCAGAGCAGACUCCAGGGCCACCAGCUGAGGAUGAAGAGGGAACACGUGUGGAUGAGCUACAGUCAGAAGAGGAGAAAAAGACUGACGACGAGACCCCAGACAGAGGCGAAGAACAGCUCAUCUCUGACAGGACUCACUGCUCCAUGAAACCAGCAGACAGCCACUUGCAGUUCUCCAAGGAGAAGUACCUGCUGGAGUCUCCUCCAGAGAAACUACGCAAGGAACUGGAAGAGGAACUCAAACUGGGCCCAGCUGACAUCAGGAGCCAUGGCUGGUACCAUGGACACAUACCCAGAGAGGUGUCAGAGACUCUAGUUUUGAGGAACGGAGAUUUCCUGGUGCGGGACUCUCUGACCGGUGUGGGGGACUUCGUCCUCACAUGCCGGUGGGACAACGAGGUUCUUCACUUCAAGAUCAGCAAAGUUCUCGUCAAGUCCACCGAAACCAAGGUCCAAUAUAUGCUAGAGGCGGACAGUUUUGACUCUGUCCAGGAACUUGUGCGGUUUUAUGUGGGCCAGCGCAAGCCUGUGUCUCAGUCAAGUGGCGUUCACAUCUACUGUCCAGUCAGCAGAACGCUGCCGCUGCGUUAUCUGGAGGCCACUUUCGCCUUGUCCCAUAGCAAACAUGGCUCCGCCUACUCGCCGUCCAGUCAGAGAGGAGCGUACAUCAAGAGACGGAGCGUCACCAUGACAGACGGGCUGACGACGGAGAAGCUAAUGCCUCACAGUGACUCAGAUAGUCCCAGUCCGGUCGGGACACCAGCAGAACCUGAGCUGGAACCUGUGCCCCAAUCCAGUCCCUCAACUAUCCACCACCAUAAAGAUGCCAUGAGGAACUGUGCGAUGAGCAUGGACCAGAUCCAGGAGUACCGCUGCCCUCUUUCCCCAGUGGGAGAGACGCCUCUCUCGCCUGCGUACACUGCAAUCACAAGGCAUAGAACUCACUCAGGUGGGCGGGUCCUCGCUGUAGUCCCCCCCUCCCCGGUGAUGCGGCGGUCCAGCGAUCCUCAGCUCAGUCCUUCCAGCGACAAACCCCCUGAACACCCUGUGCUAACUUCCCACUCAGCACACUCCUCUCCUGCCCGCCAUCCCAGCUUCCAGUCACAUUCCUCUGAAACAGCAGGGAGCUACUGCGACCUCAGACCAGCCGCGCCCCCAAAACCUCCAACAAAAGGCUAUGUGGAACGCUUGCGAGUGGAGGAGAGCAAGAAAGAAGGAACAAGGAUUGAUGGAGAAGGCAUGUUCAGCGCCCCACUGGUGGAGACAACGUCCCUGUUCAGGCCUUCCAGGUACGAGUCGUGUCUCAUGCCAGUGGAUAACAAACCUCUGGAGAUGUCUGUGCUGAAGAGAGUGAAGGAGCUGCUGGCGGAGGUGGACGCCCGCACUGCAGCUAAACACAUCACCAUGUUGGACUGCACGGUUGCGAGGAUAUUGGGUGUGUCAUGCGAGAUGCAGAGGAUGAUGGGAGUUUCCUCAGGGUUGGAGUUGCUGACUCUUCCACAUGGACAUCAACUGAGACUUGACCUGCUGGAAAGGUUCUACACCAUGUCCAUCAUGAUGGCUGUGGACCUGCUGGGCUGCACCGGGAGCACAGAGGAGAGAGCAGUGCUGCUGCACAAGACCAUCCAGCUGGCAGCCGAAUUAAAAAGCAACCUGGGCAACAUGUUUGGCUUCGCUGCGGUGAUGAGAGCGCUGGAGCUGCCGCAGAUUUCCCGCUUGGAGCAAACGUGGGUGGCGUUACGGCAGAGACAUACAGAGGGCGCCAUUCUCUAUGAAAAGAAGCUAAAACCCUUCCUGAAGAACCUGAACGAUGGAAAGGAGUCCAGCGUUCUCUCCAACACCACCUUCCCCCACAUUGUUCCCGUCCUGUCCCUGCUGGAGCGAGGGCUGUCUCUCGGGGAGACGCUGGAGGCCUGGGAGAGUGCGGAGGUCGGCGUGGAUGUGGUCAUGCACCACUUAGAGGCAGCGCGUACCAUUGCUCAUCACAGCGAACUCUACAGAAGCAACACGGAGACUAAAUUGCAGGGUUUUCAGGCUCGGUCAGAAGUCCAUGAGAUCUUCCAGACGGAGUUCCAGAUGCGUCUCCUGUGGGGGUGCCGCGGCUCGGAAGGCAGCCAGAUGGAGCGGUACGAGAAGUUCGACAAGGUCCUGACGGCCCUCUCACACAAGCUGGAGCCUCCAGUGCGCCACAGCGAGCUAUAGCACCCACCAAAAACACACCGCGGUCAUUUGAUGCAUCAUGAAGGGGAAGCGUGAAGGGAACUUUGGCAAUGAAGAGGCAGCUAAAGUAGAAGCUCUGUGGACUACAAUACAUGAUCCCAUCCCGUGACCAUAGCUACCGCUGUCACUCUGUUGUCGCAACAACUGCUGAAACUGAAUUCGAAAUGCGAGAAUGCGGACAUUCCUUUUCUUUAUUUAAAAUCAUCAUUUUGACAUUGUUGAUUUAUGAUGCACAGUUCAAACAGUUGUAAACAAGGCAGCAAAAAAGGGCGAUUUGCCAAAGUGAUGCAAAAAUAUUGUUUCGCUGGCCAAGAAAUAAACUUUUGUGUGUCAUGUCAUGUGAAACAGAUCCAAACUAAACUGCAACAGGGACUCUGCACAGCACCAGUAUCUACUACUGAGAUGUUUUCUGGAACAUAAAGUAAUUCCCCCAUCAGAUCAGUAAACCAGAACUAUUUGUUGUUAUCAACAUCAGGGUGCACAUUUUGAAAUUCGCAUUAUAUAUAACUGACUCAGAAACCUUGCUUGCUUCUGCCAUCUGUAUUUGAGAUUACUACGUCUCUUGAUCAACCUGUCAAUCAAAUUUCCUGCUGUGAUUUUCACGCUCGCACCGGGUGUCUUCAGGCCGUUAUGGAACACAAUAGCGUCAAACACCAUUCAUGGUCACAUAACUACUUGCAGCCCACCAACUGGUGAUGCUCAUGUCCGUCCUGUAGUGCGCAGGAAUAAUUUAUUAUUGAAAUAUUAUCAAAAAAUCGACCAAAAGUCCACGGAGUUCAUCACAGAGCAAGGCAGUAUGGUGUGAACGUGUCCAAUUUGAAUGCAGACAAUCUUUGUCACAUUAUUUAUGGCCAGUUGUGUUAUUUGCCGUCUGCUGUUAAAACACAUUCCUGCCAUUAAAGUACCAGUCCCUGCAAUUCUUUACUGGUAACACUAUAAAUGUGUUCAUUUAAAUGUCUCUUCCCCAGUAACCAAACAGUAAAUACUAUUCCUGUUUGUCCUAAGAUAUUGGGAAGCUUUUUCCUUCAUUUGAAUCAAAAAAAGUUCUGCGAGGAUUUUAACACAGGACAGAAGUUUGUGUCUCAAAAUUACGCUAAAAUAAAAAUAAUUAUAUAGUGAAUAAGAUCAUCAUCACCAACCAUUUUCAUUUUUGUUCAUUCUAAAGGGAGCAGAAGCCAGCUCAUUCAGAUGCUCAUCGGUUGGAACCUUUUAUAAUUGUGUGCUUUUAGGGUGCGAGACGGAGCCUGCUGGUUUAGGUGGAUGAAAAGUUUGUUUUGUAUUAUUAUUUCUAUCUUGUACAGGCGGCGUGGCGAAGGUUUUGUUAGGGAAUAAAAACAAAACAACAAGGAGCUGAAAAUUAUUUAAAACUGUUUUCAUGUUUUUUUACGUACUGUACAUACUGUUUAUUCACCUUUUUUCAAUAAAAUGA